UGCACUAGUACUGCGAUUGCGCUGGUGUAUCCUGAUCCCAUUCAUUCGAGACGAUUCUAAUUUCCACAGAAAAAGAAACUCGUAGAUCUAUAGAUCUAGGCCUGGACAUAUCUAGAAGAUGGAAAAUCAAGCCCAGUCCAGUGAUAAUGCUGUUAACGACGCAACGAAAGAGCUUUUUGAGAGAAUUCAAGCAGGAGAUUCUGAACUGGUCAGGCAGUUGAUUGGCAGUUCUGAUGUUUCAGUCAAUUGUGUUGAUGAGCAUGGCAUGACUCCACUGCAGAACGCUGCAUUUAAAGGAAAUCUUCCUCUAUGUGAACUACUGCUGGCCCAUGGAGCUGAUGUGAAUGCAAACCACCAUGAAAAUGGCUACACAACACUCAUGUUUGGUGCAUUAUCUGGAAAUACUGAAGUGACCCGUUUGAUGCUUCAGGCUGGAGCCAAGACAUCACCGACCAAUAGCGUAGGUCGAACUGCCUCUCAGAUGGCUGCCUUUGUGGGACAACAUGCUUGUGUCAGCAUUAUGAACAACUUCUUUAAUCGAGAACAGCUGGACUAUUACACUAUCACAAGAGGUUUUGAGAAAGAGCCCAAGUUACCACCAAAUCUCGCUCCAAGUCUGCACAAGAUGAUUCUCAUGCAUAAUCUCAAUCCUGUCAGGCUUGUACAGUACCUCAAGAAUAAUGAGAACCUGCUGAACGAGGCCUGCAAGAUUGCUAAUGUCCUGGAACUGAUCUCAGAGAAAGAGAUGAAGUCCAAAGCUACCAACGAUGUCCUAGCUGUGAAGAUGCACUACCUAUCCAAUGUGAUCAGACAAUGCCACAAAUGGAACAUGGAGAAAACAAAUGGAGUUGAUGAAUUUAUCAAAUUUCUUCUGCGGGCAAGAGAGAAUGAUGGUACCAGAGUCAACAUGGAGAAGCUACUGAGAGAAAUCAUCAGGGAAUUCCCCUUCCAUGAGAGCGAACUAUUCGUUCAAAUUGUCAGAAAUUUAACAGAUGUCAAAAUUGGUGAUGAACCAACAGCUCUGGGUAUCUUAACCCAGGCAGUGAAUGGAGCAAGGAGUCUUGAGGUGGUGAAUCCUUGCUCAACCUGUGGAGAAGCAAAAGCAAGCAAGAAAUGCUCAGCAUGUAAACAGGUGAACUACUGUGAUGCAGUCUGCCAGAAGCUGGAAUGGUUCACACAUAAGAAGCAGUGCAAGAGAAUAGCAGAGGAACAUAAAGAAAGACAGGAGUUUAUACAGAAGGAGAAUGUAAGACACAAAUUGGAAGAGGAAAAGAAGAAGUUGGAAGAGGAAAAGACAAGGUUGGAAGAAGAAGAGAAAAGAUUGGAAGAGGAACAGAAAGAAGCACAGAAAGAGACAAUAACAAAUGGUACUGAGGACAAAGAAGACAGCCCGAGUCCACCCAAGGACUCCGGAACAACCGAAUCCAAAACCAUUGAAGAGACGACCCAAAAGCUUGAGGAUACCACUGUAAGCUAAUUGCAUGAGUGGAUUAUACUAUGCAAAACAGAAUCCCCCAGCAAGAACUAUAUAGAACUGCCACAUUUCAAAUUGGUUCAGAAUUCCAGCUAUUAAAUGUGUAGGAGGCUUGCCUUCUGAGUGUUUUUAUACUGCGUAAUAAAAUUGUGAACAUUUGUUUCUUGUGAUACAAAGGAAUGUUAAUAUGUCAUGGAUGCCAUUUGUGUAUAAUGUCAUAGUGCUCGUUACUGUGCAUGAUGUAGGUGUUAGGGAACUGUUCGAACGAGUCAGUCUAUUGCAAUGAAAUUAAACAAGUUAACAAACUUGGAAUAUAAAAUUUAAUAUUUAAAGAAAUUAAAUUGCCCAUAUUUUGUAUUUUCUUGAGUAAGAAAAAUGUUUUUGAUGAUUUUUGUAUUUUAUUUGUGUAUAGUCAAUAAAUAUUUGUUUUACAUAUUGUGCAGUGUGAAGAGGGUAAUUAACAUUGUGGUACUUAUGUUUUUGCAAUUGAUUAGUUAUAACUUUGGCUGCCCUAGUUAUGAGAAAUAUCUUCAGUGUACUUUUGCAGCUCAAAGCGAGUCGAGUUGCUGUAUUGAUAAUCGUAUGUCCUAUUGUUCGUGUUCAUAUAGCUGCACUAGCUAAUGAGAUAAAGUAAUGUUAUUUGUCUUAUCUAAUCUGCUUGUACCAAACCACCGUGAGUUGUAAUCCCAUAAAAUGACAUUUUGAAAAACGAAAAGAGACGAGUUAUGCACCAACAAUCGAUGUUUCCGUACUGGAUAGGAAAUGUUUAAACAAAAAUUAUUAUCACUCUAUGACAUAGUAUAUGAGGCUUUAAUGUGAUGUGUGCAAAGCAUUGUAAAAUACAUAGCAACUGUUUGGAUGACUCUCAUAGACAUUCUACCAGUAUUGAAUAAUAGGUGAACACCAGCUUUAUUUGAAGUAUAUGUAGAUUAGAAGACAUUUGUUGAAUAAAUACACAUGUAUAAGUAAAAAUUACAACGCACACUUCAAUCAUAAGAAAGUAAAAUUAACGAUCGGCACAAGGGGUCUUAACAAAUAUUGAAGCACUUAUAACUUAUCAUGCCUUUCAACGACAUGCUCAAUAUCCUCUAUAGAAAUUGGAAAACAGUUAUAAGUUAAGUAAAAUGCAACAAAACCUGUUAUUCUAGCCAGUCACAUGUAGUCAUGUUUAAUCUAUUUCAAAGUUUGCAUUUGUUCUCAGCACAGAUUUUUCAUACAUUUGUUUUUCUUUCCUAUAUCUUUGAAAAGUGUAAAAUUGAAUACGCUCUCCCCCACUUGGUGUUAUUUAGGGUACGCGUAUGCAUGUUCCCUUCCCUAAAAAACACCCCCAAGUCCGGGGUGUGUUAAGUCAAUACGGGCCGAUUAUUUUGUGUAUUCCGAGAUGGACUUUGUUGCUUGAAAAGUACCCCGUUACCGGACAUUUUGGGAACGUGAAUGCGGUCCCUCCGUUCUAAGAGUGGGGGUGGGGGCCGGGGAAAAUUCUAGAAACUGAAGAUUCUUUGGCUUAAAAAACUUUAAUCAUAAUGUGAUUUUGUUAUAGGGUUGCAACUUAAUUAUAAUCGGACAGUGUAUCAGUUUAUGUUGUAUUUUUCUGUUCAAAGGUGCUGCAAGUACGAUAUGAAAUAUAUUUAUUUAUUCAUUAAAAAAAAAAAUUGUUGUUUUUUGUAUCACUAAUUAGCCAGCACCAGCAACUCCUGCUUAAUUGUUCAUAUGUUAUUUAUGUACAUUGUGCAUCUGACUUUAAGAUAUAGCUCAUAUUCUUUGUGAAAUUUAAAAUAAGAGUACCUGGUAAAUAAUGAAUUGUCAACGAUGGAAGAAAAAAACCAUUACAAAUUAAAAAUGUUCUCAUGAAACUUAGUUAGUUGUACAUGUUAUACUCAAAAAUUAAUCUGACUUAUUAGAAUGACCAUUUCUAAUGUUAUAGUAGCCAAGCGGGUCAACUGUUCCCAUAAAAUGUUGCAUUGUUUUACCUGAUAUACUUCGGAAUUUAUCAGAAUGAUCAUUUUGAUGCUAUUUAGCCCAAUUAUUAAAGGCAGUAGUGUUAUGUGCCAACUCUGAAUUCUAGUAUGAAUCUGCCUCUGCAAUACAGCUUUAAUAUUCAACCAUUUUACUUUUUCCACACCUUUUUGUGCUACUCCAUACAUAGUUAAUAAUAAAGUACCAAUGAAGCGUGCUCAUCUUACUUAAUUGUGGAUUUCAAAUCAAUGCCACUACCAUGAAUGUCGAUUUCAUGUGGAUCUUCUGUACAUGUGCAUGUCUAUAUCACUGCUAGUAUCUUGCCAAAGUACAGAAUAUGCAACGCUCUUUGCAAUGGAAAGGCACUUCAUUAUUAAUAAAUCAACAUAUAUUCCACAUUUGUUAGGAGUACAUGCACCACCCUAGAUCUGAUAAUACAUCAUGAACAUGUGGACAUUGUGCAUUGUAUGAAGGUAUACACAAAGCAUUCAAGUAGUCUAUUGUUCCUAUUGUUGUAUUGAUUAGUCGUAAUAAAUAGUAUUUAUUGCAGGUUCUUGUUUCUGGUUGAGUGAUUAUAUUCCCAAUGAAUAAACAUGUGAAACAUGGAA